GUGGGAGGCGAAGCGAUCGAUGCGGGGGGGACGGAUUACGGAGAGAUGGCGCUCGAGGCGCUCAGGGACGCGCUGGCGAGCGAUGCGUUCGCGGGAGAGUAUGAUAUUUUUUCAUUUAAAGUGAACGCGUCGCGGCGACGCGUGUUGGCGAGCGUGGACAAGUUGAACGACAAGUACGGAUCACCGACGUUGGAUGAAUUGACGACGAUCGUCCGCGCGCAUAACGCGAUACUAGAUGAACGUGGAUUUCCGGAAGACGUCGCCGUGGAGUUGGCGAGUCCGGGGGCGAUGAGGAGUUUGCGCGUGCCGCGGGAACUGGAACGAUUUCGCGACCUCGUCAUGGACGUGACGUACAAGGAAGCGAUCGAGAACCCCGAGUCGACCUCAAACGUGACGAAGACGAUGGAAGUCACCGAUAUAUCGGACACGGAGGUCGAAUGGAAGCUCGCAGAUGUGCCGGCGAAUCGUCCAGCGAAGAAAGGACAAGGGAUGAACAAAAAAUCGCGCGAGUGGCGUCUGCGCAUGCCGCUCGACGCCGUCGUCAGGGCUAAUUUGUUCAUCGACAUUUGA